GUAACAUAAAAAAAUAAACCAUUGUUGUCUUGAUGUGGUUGGUUUAUAAACUUUGUCAAUACUGUGCUUACUUCGAUGAAUAUUGCUCAGCAUAUUUUGGCUUUUGAUGUUAGAUAUAGCAACUAUAGGACAAACACUGAUCCUCAACACAGAACUUUGUACAUAAGACGUCGUUCACAACUAUUAAGAGAUCUAGCUAAGAAAGACCAUGAUACAUCAAUCAGAAGAAAUUAUUUGCAAAUUCGUAAGCAACUGUUAGCCAAGAAAUAUGGAUCAAUACCUGUAACAGAAAGUCUGAAGUCAUUUAGUGUGAAGAGUCACAGUUCAAUUGAGACUAAGAUUGAACUAAACAACCUUGAGAUCCCUCGUGAUGUAAUUCGACUGAGCCAUAAAUAUAGAAGUGAAUCAUACAAACAUAAAGGAAGCAUUGGUUCACUAAAAAUGAUUUUUAUGUCAGAGACUAUUCCUGAUGAGUUGAUAGACAUUGAAAAUGAAGGUGUUGUACCUACAAAUAAAGCAUCUGCUAGCAGAGCAAUGGGUGGGAAUACCACGUUAAGUGAAAACUAUGCAUUCUCAGGAAUGUUUCAUAUAUUUGACCAGCAUGCAGAUGCAGUUAAUGGUGUUAAAUUUGCAAAUAAUGACAAAUUCUUGUUUGCCUGUUGUUCAAAAGAUUCAACAUUAUCAGUUUGCUCAUUAGAAGUGCAUCCUCCUCGAGUUAAAUCCAUACUUCAUGGUCAUAAGGGUGCUGUCAAUGAUUUUGAUUGGUCCAGUACUAAUGAUUUGCUUGUAUCAGCAUCUGAUGAUUGCACAGCUCAGAUCUGGAAUGCCAGCAGUGGUCAAAAUAUUCGAACUAUAAAGGAUCAUUUUGAAACUCCUGUUAAUUGUUGUCGUUUUAUGCCUCUUAAUAACAAUCUUAUUGUUACUGGUAAUGAAAAAGGUCAUGUUCAAGUUUUUAAUACAUCAACUGGUAUGUAUGCUAAAGAUGGAGUUGUUAAAGGACAUACUGCUAUUAAAUGUAUGGCAUUUGACCCUACUGGUACUUUACUUUGGACUGGUGAUGAGAAGGGUGCUAUUGUAUCUUUUAUGUUUAAUAUAGUUGAAGGAAAAUUGGUAAGAGGGAAAAGAUUUGUGAUACCGCAAUGUGGUUUCAUAACCUCAAUUUGUGCUCGUACUUGGGUCAGUAGGGAGGCUCGUGCUCCAUCUUUAUUAGUUAACUGUUUAACAAAUCGCUGCAUGUUACUAAGCAUUUGUGACUCUACAGGGGAGAUACAGCAAAAAGCUUGUUUUCCAAUAAAACUAGAAAAAGAAAAAAUUCGAAGUUCAUUCUGCCCACUUAUGUCUUUUCGCCAAGGAGCUUGCAUAGUGACAGGCAGUGAAGAUACCUCUGUGUACUUUUUUAAUAUUGAUGAACCUUUGAAACCAAUUAACACAUUGUUGGGUCACUCAGCGCCUGUACUUGAUGUUUGCUGGAACUAUGAUGAAAGUUUAUUAGCUUCUUGUGAUGCAGAGGGUACUGUGAUUAUAUGGAAACGUGUUCAUUAAAAUGGCGUUUGAUAAUGAAAUGUUUGAUGUGCACAUUUUGGAUGCAUUUUAUAAAAAUGAAAUUAGGUCAAUUUAAAUAUUUGUGAUUAAAUUAUUUUUUAAGUUUUGUGAUUUUUUUAUUGUUAUUGUAUCUUUUGGAAUAGAUUUUCAAGGAUUUUCUUUUAAAACGUGAUGGCAUGUUUAAACAGCGUGCUACGAGUAUCAUUUUGUUCACUAAAUAUAGAUCCAUUUAA